CGCAGCAUCUGUAAACUUGAUCAAAUCGCAAAAUUAUUAUUUAAAGCCAAACUUAUUCUUCCGAAUUUAUAACUCACAAGUCUCUUUUUUUCUACAUUCUAAAAAAAAAAAAUACAAACGGUUCUUACAUAUUAAUAUGGAACAAAGCAAUAUUAACAUCAACUAUGAAUCAUUUCAUAAUGAAGUUCCCUAUGAUUCACAGAAAAUUAAAUUCAAGUCGGAAGAAUACUCAUCAAACAGUAUCUUAAAUCCUUCUCAUGACUAUUACAAUUAUAACAACCAUCCUAUAGUGAAUGAUAAUAUUGAUACAACUAAAACCUACGAACAACAACCUAUGUUCUCUUGUAUAAACGAUCAACAUUCUAGUAAUCAAUAUCCUUUGAUCACCUCAUCUUUCACUCCGCAAGAUGAACCAAGUUUGGAUCAAAAUUAUUAUGAUAUCAAUGAACCACGUGAAUUCAAUCAAAUAAGUUAUCAAGAUGAUCAAUUUCAGUCUCCCAAUAUUCUAGAUAUCAAUAAUCCAAUCGAAUUCUAUCCAACAAAUCAAACUGCAUCCUUUAGAUUUGAAAUUCCAGGCUUCGAAAUUAUUAUUAUACCUACAUCUUCAGAUGUUAUAAACAAUACUCAAAUUCAUAAUCAAUAUUAUUAUGGGCAAAAUAAUAUAUGUGAUAUUUCUCAAUUUUAUCAACAUAAUUCUUUUGAUUCAGAAAUGUUUAGUAAUUUAAAUCGAGAUGUAAUAUCACGUAAUUACGUAGAUAGAUUAGGUGGAAGUCAUGAAGGAUAUUGAAUAUCCUCAACGUAAUUAUCAUUUUUUUUUUUUAAUAUUUGUACUUUUAGUAACAUUAAAAUUAAUUUUUUUUCUCAAUAUGAUUAAAUAACAUUUAUAAAAAAUUAUUCUAACGUAUCAAUGUUGGACAUUUAAAUAAAAUAUAUUGAGAAUAAAUAUAUACGGU